CAGACACGGCCACCACAUCUUGUGUUGAAGGACGGGGGUGUGACUAAAGAUGAUAAGGAAUGGUUAUCCAACGCAAUGAGCAAAAUAAAUGAAGCCCUCGAUUCUAUCGAGGUUGAAUACGUGGGUGAUUUAGUAGUUCCGCUGACAUGGGCUAAUUCGGCUCCAUUUCUUCCA